ACCUUUGUUUUGUGUGCCAGCGUGCCAGUGAUUGAUUUUACUUUUGAAUUUGUUUAUUUAUUAUUCUCAUUUAUACCUAAAAAUACGUUUUAUACAGUUAUUCUAAAACUGUUUUAAAUUCAUAAAUACCGACAUUCGUAACUGAUAAAAUGUCCGUCACACUGCACACCGAUGUUGGAGACAUCAAGCUGGAACUGUUCUGUGAGGAUUGUCCCAAGAAUUGCGAGAAUUUCCUCGCCCUGUGCGCUAGCGAUUAUUACAAUGGGUGCAUUUUCCACCGCAACAUCAAAGGUUUCAUCGUACAAACGGGAGAUCCCAGCGGAACCGGUAAGGGUGGUCAGUCGAUUUGGGGCCGCAAGUACGAGGAUGAAUUCAAAGAAAGCUUAAAGCACAACGAACGGGGCAUGGUGUCGAUGGCCAACAAUGGCCCCAACACCAAUGCCAGCCAGUUCUUUAUCACGUAUGCCGCGCAACCGGCGUUGGAUCUGAAGUACACACUCUUUGGGAAAGUUAUCGACGGAUUUGAAGCACUGGAUGAAUUAGAGAAAUUAACGGUCAACCCCAAAACUUAUCGGCCAGUAGUAGAGAAGAAAAUAAAUAGCGUCACAAUUCACGCCAAUCCACUAGCGGGAUGAAGCAACAAACUUUUCCAUUGGAAUUAAAAAUCCGAAAUGAUUCCAAGAAUCUCAGAUGUUUGAUGUUGAAGAACAUAAUAAAGCCAUGUGGUUUUUCAGAUCUGUGCUCUGCGGAAUUCACGCUGAGACCGCCCCACUAUGUAUUUACACCCA